UGCGUCGAGUUGGAAAAAUUUUGUUCGCUAUGUUCAGUCAAGUCUCGAAAUAAAUAAAUGUAACAUGGCUGAUAUCGAAGGACAUAAACAUCGAGAAACUAAUUUCCAAGAGGGAGAAGGUAAAUAAUGUUAAAAUAUUAUUGAAUAGGGUGCGUGCGUUGUUAGUGCGUUGCGCGGACAGCUGUGGUCUGCCCGUUACCGCGGUCCCGCCAGUCAUCCUCGUGUUGCCUUUGUGACAUUGAAACUGGGUUCUUUUUAUAAUUGCUGCUUGGAUUACGGUGCUGGUCUGCCAGGAUUGAAGUGUGCUAUUCGCCUCACAACUUGAGUGAUAACUUUUGUGUCGGAUCAUCUCAAAAAUGACCGGGGGCGCAGACAGGAGUUUGGAAUCAGGCCAUGAGGUUGUCGGAAAGCUGAAUUUGCGGCUUCGCUAUAAAGCUGCGCCACCGGUAACAGAGAAGCCGGCGCCGGCGCCCCGCGCGGGCCACCGCGGCGUGCAGGUGGUGAACACGGGGCCUGACCACACGUUCUUGCUGGACGAGGAUGCGCUGAGCGCGCUGCUGCUGCGCGAGGACGUGCGGGACCGCGCCGUCGUGGUGCUGUCCGUCGCGGGCGCCUUCCGCAAGGGCAAGUCCUUCCUGCUCGACUUCUUCCUCAGAUAUAUGCACCACAAGUAUGGUGCCGGCGGCGGUGGAGGCGACUGGCUGGGAGGCGAUGACGAGCCACUGCAGGGGUUCAGCUGGCGCGGCGGCUCCGAGCGCGACACCACCGGCAUACUCAUGUGGUCCGAGAUAUUUAAGGCCACCCUCGACAACGGAGAGAAGGUGGCUAUAAUCCUGCUGGACACGCAGGGCGCGUUCGACAGCGAGUCGACGGUGCGCGACUGCGCCACCGUGUUCGCCCUGUCCACCAUGCUCUCCUCCGUGCAGAUAUACAACCUCUCGCAGAAUAUACAGGAGGACGACCUGCAGCACUUGCAGCUGUUCACUGAGUACGGGCGGCUGGCGCUGGAGGACAGCGGCCGCACGCCGUUCCAGCGGCUGCAGUUCCUGGUGCGCGACUGGAGCUUCCCGUACGAGGCGCCGUACGGAGCCACCGGCGGCCAGACCAUCCUGCAGCGCCGGCUCAAGCUGUCGGACAAGCAGCACCCGGAGCUGCAGUCGCUGCGCAAGCACAUCACGUCGUGCUUCUCCGAGAUCGCGUGCUUCCUGAUGCCGCAUCCCGGCCUCAAGGUCGCCACCAACCCGCACUUCGAUGGUAGACUCGCAGACAUCGAAGUGGAGUUCAAGCGGUCGCUGCAGCAGCUAGUGCCGAUGCUGCUGGCGCCGCAGAACCUGGUGCCCAAGCUGAUCAACGGGCAGAAGGUGAAGGCCAAGGACCUGGUGCAGUACUUCAAGUCCUACAUGAACAUAUACAAGGGCAACGAGCUGCCCGAGCCCAAGAGUAUGCUUGUGGCCACAGCGGAGGCGAAUAACUUGACGGCGGUGGCGGAGGCGAAGGAGGUGUACACGACGCUGAUGGAGGAGGUGUGCGGCGGCGCGAAGCCGUACCUGCAGGGCCAGCUGCUGGAGGCCGAGCACGCGCGAGUCCGCGACAAGGCGCUGCACGCCUUCCACGCCAAGCGCAAGAUGGGCGGCGACGAGUUCAGCCAGGCCUACUGCGACCAGCUCACACAGGACCUGGAGGAGACGUACCAGCAGUUCCGCGCGCACAACGAGAGCAAGAACAUCUUCAAGGCGGCACGCACGCCUUCCGUAUUCUUCGCGAUCGCGCUGUUCUUCUACGUGGGCAGCGGCGUGUUCGGCCUCGUCGGCCUCUACCCGCUCGCCAACCUCUGCAACCUCGUCAUGGGACUGGCGCUGCUCACGCUCGUCCUCUGGGCGUACAUCAGGUACAGCGGCGAAAUGCGUGAAGUGGGUGUCACUAUAGACGACACCGCCAACAUGUUAUGGGAUAAUAUAAUGAAGCCGAUGUACCAGACGUGCCUGGAGAAGGGCAUGGAGCACGCGGCAGCCGCGGCCGCCGAGCGGGCGCUGGGCCCGUCCACGCCCACGCACAACGGCAAGCACAAGCAGUUGUGAUGCCGCCGCCGGCCUCGGCCGCGCACUGGCGGCCAGCCGACCAUCCGCACUCUACAAGCGUGUGAAGCUUGGGGCGAGACGAGCCCGCGUCUCGUGUCGCCGACCCGUCGACGAAGGUUCGAUCGAUAUAGUGGGUAGUAGCAGUGAGUCGUGUGCGUGGUACUGUGACCGUUUGGACGUGUGCACUUGGUGUUUAGUGAUCGAUGAGAAUGGACUAGAAUGGUGGGGGAACGAGGCGUUUGAUUAGUGGUUGUUUGUACAGUUGAUAGUGAAUUUUUUAAUUUAGUCGUAGUUUAAUAGAAUUAAUAUUGUUGUGUUAAUUUGUUAUCAAUUUACGAGGGCGGUGGAUUUGUGUUCAAACUACUCUUCUGCUCUGCUAAGAAGGAAAAGCAUAAGUCACUAGUUUUGUUGAAUUCAGUUGCUAAUAAUAUUCCCAAACGCAGGUGCAGUACGAGAUUUUUCUGUAUUGUAAUCUUUACAAUAUUGAGUAUAAAUAACGAUUCAUAUAAAGUAUAUAAGUGCAUCAUGUUUUAUCAACUUUUUAACAAUGAAAUUUUACAUUUUAUGUCAAAACUAGCACAUCAUGAUUCGUGCUUUUCCAUCUCAAGAGGUCAGCACUAAGGCGGUCCCAGGCUUAUGUUUAGAUAUUUGUAAAUAUGCCCAAAGACUAUGUGGGAAUAGCUUUACAAAUAUUUAUAUGAACUUCUUCAUAUUUCAAUUAAUACCUUAGGGUUUUUAGUCUAUGUCAAGGUAUAUAUGUAUACAUACAUACAAUUGUUUAGAAAGCAGCUGUUUUCAAAUAGUUUAGGGAGUUUGGGAUCACAUUAACACUAUAUAAUUUGCCAAUAACAGAUUGGUUAUCUUAACUCGGUCCGCGGGUCAAGUUUAUGACAAUAUAAUGUACAAACAAACAGAUUAACACAACAGACUUUUAUUGGAUAAAAUCAAAAUUGUGGUGGAUUGAAAUAUUAAUUGUGAAAAGAGAAAUUUGGAUGUAAUGUUAAAUAGGAUUUACAAUAAACUUUAGUAACAGUAGAAAUUAAAUAUAGGUGGCACAAUUUUUUCGAAUCAUAUCCCUUUUGUAGAUCAAAAUAUUGUGGCUCCAGUCCCACACACACUUGUUAUAUUGCACAGACAAUGUACUUAAACGUAGUCUAUUUUAACUUGUACAUCAAAUUUUAAAAUUGCAUUUAAGCUACAUUAACAUUACAAAGUUAGUUGUAGAAAAUUAAUACCAUGAAAUAAUUCUACCAUUUAUUUCUACAAUUUAGUAGAUUUCUAGUUUUGUAAUGCAUGCAGUGUGAUAUCGUGGGUCAAAACCAAUAAUUUAGUAAUGUUAAUUUGGCUUAAGAACAUUGAUUGUAACUUUUUGCCACUUUAUGUUCUGGUUCUUAUAGUGACAGGGUUUAAAAAUAUUCUCUGUUGAUAUAAAACUUGGUAAUUUUGAUAAAACUGGUGGUAACCCAUAGGUUGACAGUGGCAACAAAAGAUAUCAAUUUAUACUUAGCAAAAAAAAAUGGUCUGAAGAACCAAUUUGAAGUAUAACUACCUCAAAACCAACUUUUCAAAUAAAUGUACAUAUUUAUUUAUUUAUUUAUUCUUUAUUGCACAGUAAAAUUUUGUACAAAUGGCGAGCUUAAUGCCAUAUGGCAUUCUCUACCAGCUAACCAUUGGGUAAAAAUAGAAAGCGUAUGAAGGGCUCUCUCUUUUUACUUACUUUCUUUUUAUUCAUUUUACAUAUUGAUGGCAUUAUAAAGUGUAUAUAUAUGUUUUUAUGACGGAAAGUUACAAUCAAAGUUUUUAAUAACUCUAUUUUGUAAAUAGUUUUUACUCGACUGGACAUAUCCAAAUUUUUACCAGCAUUGUGUGUGCCAAUUUUUUUUUUUUGUUUAUAAGGUAUUUGGUCUUUUGCAUCGUGGGAACAUAAUUACGUUUGUUGGUCUUUCAGAGUUUAUUAAUGUUUUCUAGAUACAAACAUGGAUACUCCGUUUGUUUUAAUCUAUUUUUUUUUUUUCUCUUAAAUGGCUCCUCUUGCCAUAAAUAUACAAAUCUAAGUGUGGUGAUGAUGUAUGAUUCACAAAUUAUGUUAUUGUGGUUGUGUGACAGCUUUCUAUUUUUUUUUUGUCUUUAUUUAUAUACAUGUAUGUAUAGCUUUGUAUGUGGGGAUCUAUUUGUAAUAUAAAAACACAUUCAGUUAAACUACUCUGUGCUGUAAGUCUUUAAGUGCACCAAUUGUCGGUUAGGUUACAGACUUAUAACACUGUCAUAUAAAUAUACAAUUGUUAUUCGUACCAUUUUCAUGUAUAGAUUUUGUCUACGAUAACAUAGCACUCCCCGCCACAAUCCAAAGAAAUAAAAAAUGUGUGAGUAGAUAUAUUUCUAAGGUUUCGGCCAAGGAGUAUAAUGCUCCUAUGGCCAGAUCAAUACUGAAGACGUUUCCUCACAAACACAACACACGUUGAAGUAAAUAGUUGAAGGGGCAUGCCAUGUUAAUCAAUCUAUACACUUAUAGCUGCAGAUGUUGGAUUCCAUUACAUCAUAGCAAGAAUGGUAACUCAUGAAUGGAAUCAUGUAUUAAAUGUGAUCCGCGCUCAUGAAUGAGAGCUCUUAUCGAGUGCUCAAUUAGUGGGACAUCCCUGAUUUUAAUACGUUAGCAACACCGAUACACUUACUAACGAAUUUAGUCAUUUAAAAAUAAAAUAGACAAAAAGUAAUAAUAUGCAAUAAUAUAUAAUUAAAGAAUACAAAAAAUUGUUAAUUAAUAAAUUAGAUAAAAAGACAUGGCAAGAUUUAUUACCACUUGUGCCAAAUACAGAUAUAAAUAGAUUAUAUGACAGUGUAACAGUAAUAGAGAUUCUAUUAUUACAAUGUAACCACUAUUGAAAUUUUCAUAGAGUCCCUCAGAUAUAUAUAUAUAUAUAUAUAUAUAUAUAUAUAUAUAUAUAUAUAUAUAUAUAUAUAUAUAUAUAUAUAUAUAUAUACUCCCCCGUUUUAUUUGCUCAACAUACUUAUAGUCGUAUUGUAACAUUACAAUGUUUUAUUAUACAAAGGAGCUGCCAAAAAUAUCAUUGAAAUAAGUUUCAAGAAUUUACAUGUAACUUUUAUACAUCGUGUUUGGGGAACGCUUCAAAGAUCGAGACUCGACCACUUUAUCUUUUGUAUAUAAAAUAAAAAAAAAAGCUUUCGUCUUGUACGUAAUAAAAUAACAUUUAUUAGAUUUUAAAAUUAAUGAAAAGAAAGCAAAAUAGUAAUAAUGUAGAAGGUGAUCGUUAUCUUUGACGUGUUCUCGAAUAUCUGUCACUGUUUGCGAUACUGUGAUGGGCAUAUCAAGCCGUGAUUUUUGUAGUAUACUUACAAAUCAGAAAUCAUUUUACAAAUAACGUUCAAAUCAUACAGCCAUACAAUGUCUAUCGCUCCAUCUGUAUGAACUGUAUGAAAUUAUUCUUGAUAUUUUUUAACAAUCAACAGUGAUCAAUAAUAAUCGAUUGUAUUUAUUUUUUUUUUUUUUAGCUCCUAAUCUAGUCGAGCAUUCUGAACGGUAUAUAAAAAGUAACUCAGUCGCUCACAGACAAAACUGACAAUGGUAGUUUUCUGAGAAUUGUUAUACCAUACAAUUCAAAUUGCAAAUUAAGUUAAAAUUAAGUUUUAUUCUAUUUACUAACAACUAUAUAAUAAACUUUGUAAAUUUUCAGUUAUCUUCUAUUUGUACAAAACAGAUCAGAUUGUCAUUUUUUUAAAUUCUUUCAAUAAAAUUUCAUCAUAACAUACUCCUAACACCAAAAACAUACACUUGUACAUAAAACUUAUGUAAAUAAAAGCCAGAAGUGCCUAACUUCCAUAAUAUCAAUAAAUUUAUGACCAUAGAGUAAUAAAUGUAUAUUGUAAACACUCUCUUGUGCCAAAAUUACACUUUACAUUCGUUCUUCCAAACUUUGGCUUUUUUUGGUUUACGAUUUUGAGCUAGUCAAUUGUGUGACUGCUUAACAAAUAACAAAUAUACCAAGUCGUUUUUUUUUUUUUUAUAAAAAAUAGAGAGUAUGUCAAAUUGUAAUGUUAGUUGCGUAUGAUCCGAUUUUUUUUCUUACUCGGAAUAUUUAAUAAUUAAUCUAGGUAUGUAUUCCUUUUUUAACAAAGUUAAUCCUUUAAAAAUAGGGCUUAUAAAAAUCUACUAUAAUAUAUAAUCAAUUGACACAGUCUUUUAUUUAUUUUGUGCAAUGUUUUUAGUAAAAAUAAUGCCUCGAUUGCUUACUAUAUAAACUGAGUAAGAGAAAAUAGGGUGUAAUUGUUUUAUUUGUAAUUAUUAACAUAUUUUUUUUAUAUAUAAAAAUAAUUGUGUACAGUAGACUAAAUGAUCGUGUUAACAAACCUGUUUUACGCCUCUCUACUUAUAAACGUUGUUCUGGAUGGUGUCUAUGUUUUAUUUUUUAAUGUAAAAAAUAAAUAUGAUACAAGACAACCGGAGACAAACAUUGUAUUCUUACUACUACCCUAUUUCGACAAUAAAAUAUUAUUUUUUAAAAUUG